UUAGUGAAAAAAAAUUAAAAAAUACAAGCUCCCCUCAGUUUUAAAUUUGGGUAUCUAAUCGUAUAAUUAACGACAGUAGCGAUUAGGUUAUAUACCGACGCAGGUCACUAUCAAGUAAAUUAUUGCGAUGAAAAACGCUUCGUCGGAAACCAGUUCCUGUUGAUAGAAUAUUUGAUUCUAUAUCCAACAAGCUACCGCGAGUUUAAAACGAGAUUAAAAUUACGUAAUCAUCAAAUACCUAACGCCAGUCGCCAGUUUCGAACAAAUUGUUGUUGCAUCAAGUGCGUUGGACAAGGAACUUAAUUUUGAAACAAACUCCAGUGUGCUGCGAUCAUUUCAUAAUUUGUUUUUCUCAUCUGUAAGUACCAAUGCAUUAUUCAAAUUUUAAGAAGUGUUACCGAUAUAAUUAUUUGAAAAGUUGAAAAUGCGCGAGUGUUGAAGUGAAAUCAUGUUAAAUCGAUAUGUCAAUUCAAGAACAAGAACAAUCAUGCACAGAGUUCCACACACCUUCGAAGAUCGUCGAAUAUUAUUUGAUCAACGUCAAGGGCUACGUAGACAUACCAAUAUGCAUAAUUGGUUCGAUUCUCAAUCUGCUCAAUAUAAUCGUAUUCACAAGGAAAAAUAUGAUUUCACCUGUGAACAAGAUAUUCACUCAUUUAGCCUCGGCAGAUUUACUGAUGUUAUUGCUUUUUAUUCCAUAUACAUGGUUGAACUGUUUUGAACCAUACACUGAUGGUGGAUGGCCGUAUCAACAGGCUUUCUGGUACCUAUGCUGCAGUACUAUUACGAAUACUUUUUACUUCAUGUCAGUAUUCCUUACAGUGAUGUUAUCUGUAUGGAGACACAUAGCUAUAGUGCAUCCACUGAAAGAACGACAAUGGUGCAGCAUGAAAAUGACCAGAAAUGUGGUUAUAGCUGGUUACUUGACGUCUUUUUUGCUUAGCACACCAAUCUAUUUGUCAGCUGGUAUCAAACACGUUGGUAAUAAUCAGACGCAAAUUUAUGUACCUCGCGCCGUAGAUGACUCCAACAUGUUUGUUAUUUCACGCAUAAUCAAUUCGGUGUUGUAUCAGUUACUGCCAGCGGUAGCGCUACCAAUAUUCAGUUACAAGCUAAUUUUUAUUUUGCGCGCAAAAAAAGGACACCAGCAGUACCAGAGUCCGUCUGCAGACAUCAACAAUAUAAGGAACACAAAAACCACCGAAAUGAGAAACAAAAGUGAUCGAUCAAUAGUCCUAUUGUUAACAGUGGUGACAUUACAUGUAAUUUCCAAGCUUCCUACAGGAAUAGUCGAUUUACUUUAUCUCACUUACGGCAGGGCCAAUAAAAUCGAUUGGGAAUGUUACUAUAACGUGAGUGUAAUAUUCGACACCAUGACAUGCGUCACUUUAUCCGUCACAUUUAUAAUAUAUUACACUAUGGGCAAUAAUUUUAGAAUUACGUUCAACUCUUUGUUCUGCACUAGAAAAAAAUGCGAGGAAAUUGAUACAGACCAAGAAAGUGGGUAAGUUUAGCAAACACUUGGUAAAAAUUAUCAAUCACUACGUAGAUAAUGUUGAAAAAGCAAUAAAAAAUUAGGGAAAAUCGCCUCCUCGAGUCCCUCUGCCCUCUCAUAUGGUCCCAAAUUACAAAACAAAACAAAUUAAAUUUAUGAAAAAUUUAAAAAUUUUAUUGAAAAAAAUGGACUCAGUUUCACGAAUGAUUUGCAGAUUCCAAAUCGAGAUUAGUUUCUGAUUAAAAUUGCCGAUUUUUGUCAUUUUGUCAGAUACAAUUUUCGUGAAAUCAUUUAUUGAAAAAAAGUAGUUACCAAAGUACCUAACUAAUUUCAGAAAAUAAUCUGCGAUGCUUCCACAUCCACGUAAUGAAUAGGUAUGAUAAAAAAAUUGAUUUUUUUUUCAAAAUGAGUAAGUAUGUACCUAAGUAAAACAAUUUGCACAAUUUACUGUACUUCAUAUGAAACUUUUUUUUUCAAUCGAGUGCCUAUUUUACAACAAAUCUAAACAAUGAGAAGAAUCAAAUCACUUCUAAAUCAUAAAAAUAUUUCCAAGUACUCAGCAGUGAUGUAAAUCCGAAAAAAAGCUACGAAAAUAAUUCAAAAUUUUUGUUAAAAUCUUACUUAUUCAAAAAGGGCAUAAAGUCAUAUUAAGGGAACCUUAUAUUAAGAACUCGUCAACUCCGAUCAAGCUGAAAUUUGACUCACUGAAACAUGUUACCCAGAUCUCAGGUCCAAGUUUUCAGCCGCCAAAGCUGAUUUAUCGAUAUUCAUCAAAUUUUUUAAAAUGGUAAAAAUAGCCUCUUACAUGGAGAUGAAAAUCCAAAACUCGGUUUGUUACACUAAAAUCAACCGCCAAAAUCGACUGGCAGCCUUUUCCAGCCGAUAGGAGCUCCCAGCAAAAGUCAGCUUUUCUCCAGCAAUUUCAAAUUGAUCGCUAGAAGGUGUUGUAAUUUGUAAUCAACUUCGGCUGUUGAAAAUUUAAUUUUAUCAUAAGUUCGGUAUUCCGUGUAGAUUUGGGUUGAUGAAUCGCAAAUUCGAUGCAGUCCAAUAUUUUCCUUUCCUUCUCUAUGAACUUCAAGUUCAUUCGUUAAACAACUAUCGAAUGUUUAAAAAUUAAAGCAAUUGUUUACAUAUUCGAGUAUAGUUUUUUCGUUUGGUAGGUAUUCCACUGUCGACUGUUAACGCGUACUUACAUUAAUUACUUCGUUGGGACGUGCACUGGUGGUUUAAGAUCUUACCCCUAGAUACGUGUUUUGGCGUAUCGCAUGGUCGAUUGGUCGUUUGUGGAACUACUUUUUUUGUCUUCUUUUUAAUAUAAUGCUUUGUAAAUUAUGUUGUAAAUACAGUUCACUGUAAAUGUUGUACAGAAAA